CAACAUAUUUCUGCAUCGCCAAAAAAAUCCCCAAAUUCGUUUCUCUUCGAUUCAAAACCCCUCCCCCAAAAAUACGAUCUUUGAUCUUUUUCGAUUCCAAUCGAACCGUGAAGCCAUGGAUAACAGCAGCAGCAUCAAUUCCACCGCUUCCACCGCCUCAAAUCUAAGCACGGCUUCCCUCGAAAAGCUAGAUCAAGCGGCGAGCUGGGUUAGCACCACCGUCAUCUCCGCCUUCUUCGCCUCCCUUGAGCGUUGCUCAUGCGUUAAUCUAUCUACCUCUGAUGAUGAUGAUGACGGCGAAGAGUCUCACAACCGUCCCCUUGCUCUCUCCGCCGCUACUCACCCAGACGACAUCGUUUAGCCUCCUUUUGACUCAUCCUCCUCCGGUAAUUUUUUUUUUUUUGGGUUUCUUUUAUUAAUCGGUGAUGUGGGUCUUUUAGGAAUGUAUCUCCGAUGUAUAAUGCUAUGAAAAAGAUCAGACCUUUUGAAUUGUAUAUGCAAGAUUUGGUGUUUCAUUUGACAUCUUUUAUGUGUAAACGUUUAUGACUAUUACCUUGCGUUUGAACGGUUAUGGUUGUGAUUAUGUGAAGUUUAUUUUAUAUAUGCUUGAUUUUUGGCA